UGCGUCGCACUCAACAGCUGUUUGUGUUAUUGUUGUUUUGUUUAUAUGGUUUUGCCAGUGCCUUUAAUUGUUGAAACAGUUUCGCGAUGACAUAGAAUGUCAUUGAAAUUUAACGUGUUUUGAGUUGUCUGUGAACGUUCGAAAUUACCAGUUUCUUUUUUAGAUGCCUUCCGUGUUGCCCGAUAUUUAGCUAUACUUCUAACCUCGAAAUCAUCACAAUGAGUAAAGGUGUUAAAACGAGCGAUACGCGCUACAGUCAAAAGAAGAUUUCGAAGUGAUUGCUUGGCCUGGUGAUUAUGGUCUUGCUUCAAUCGACGUGGAAUGCAAUAAACUGAUAUUGUACAUGCGGUUCAUGCAAGCCAAGUUCAAAGUGACGCACCCGCGGAAUCCAGCGUGGAAGAGUGAACUUCUUCCGGGUUUAAUUCAAAAUGAUUAUCGGACAUCUACCUACGAGAAAUGCGUGGAAGAUUUACGCUUUCUAAGAUACAGCCUGGAUUUCGGUCAGAGUUUUCGACGCUGCAGUGAAAUACAUGCUUUCACAGUGAUGACCCAUCGAAUGUUGGGACCUAUAAUGGAGUAUAUGUAUUGGAUAAACCCGAAGAACCUUAACGACUGGACAAGACUCUGGUACAGUAAGCAUGUACCACCGUUGAUGAGCGUAUGGUACAUCUAUCGAAGAAAGCAGAAGGCUGUAGAAUUGGUCAAAAUUCACGAGAAUAUUGACGAAUCUCAAGAUUUUUAUAUGAAGGAAUAUUUCAAGAAACACGCGAAGGAGUGUUUUGAAAUGUUGUCAGCCAGAUUGGGAUCAGGCGAUUUCUUCUUCGAUACUCCAUGCUCAUUGGAUUGUGUUGUCUAUUCGUACCUGGCUCCAUUGAUCAAAAUUCCAUUCCCAUCCGAUGAAGUAUCACAAAUUCUCCGAACAUUUAAUAACCUGGUGGCGUACGUGCAUCGAAUUGACAUUAAUUACCAGCCAGAAUUAGUGGAAGAUCGACUGAAAAUGCUUCCAUUAAAGAAGCCCGAGGAGGACGAUAUGGCGUCGUUGAAAUUGAAGAUUUUCUCUAGUAUUUUUGUCGCUUGCGCCAUGUUCGGUUAUGCGCUCGCCAAUAAAAUUAUAUCAUUUCAUUAAUAAAUAACUUUUCAUUUGA